AUGGUGCACUACCGUGUCUUUCUCGGUGCCCCUCUUACUUCAGAUCUCGCUAGAGACCCGAGUUCUUACGUCUGGAAAACGACGGAAAGCACACCGGCACCCUUCUCGCCGUCUUACGUCCCGCUCCACGACCCCACCCUGGUAUAUCCCACUGCAACACUCGACGAAGCCAGCAGACGAAUAUCUCUUCUGUACCAGAACGUAAUUUUCAAGGAUGCAGACGAGGACGGGGAACGGAUUGAUGAUAGCGAGCCUGAUGGCGCGGGCGGAGAGACACAGGACGAUGAUGCGACGACGUUCCUUACGUGGCCCCCGACUCCAGCGGCGACCCAACCCUCGAAGAAAAGCGCAAAUGCGUCUGGUCUUCCCUCCUCCCUCCUCACUUCGCAGUCUCAGCCACAGGCUACAUACGAAACACAAGAAACAACGUAUUCCGACGACAAUACUUCGUCUAUUACCCGGUUCCCAAACUUCCAGAUUAGCCUGCACACCAUCACCUCUCUUUCGUCUCUUCGUAGUGCCGCGACCGAACAAAAUCAAGCGCGACAAAAGAGGGCGCACAAGGUAAAUGUCCUCGUUGCCAUCCUCGAAGUCGAGGGCCCGGACACCGUCAAAGUGAAGACCGGGCCGUGUGCGGGCCAGGAAGUAUCGAUACUCAAACUUAUACUUGGGGACGAGGAGGGGUGUGUGUGUCGACUCACCGCCUGGCGAGACACAGCGGAGGUCUGGGGUGGGUAUGGGAUGGACCCGGAUUCACCUCCUGCGUUGGCGAGAGGGGAUGUCGUUCACUUCGAGAGUAAACCCGGAACCACAACUACAACCACUACCACAUCCAAGCCAUCCUCCCCCAAUGUCACUUUUACCGCGUCCCCGUCAAUGCGUCCUGCUUCGCGUGCUCAGAUCUGCUACCGGACACUACCGACCGCUCGUACUGACGCACGACUACGACCGGAUCUUCGGUUGGGCUGUAGUGAUGCAGCCGUACGGCGCGUCGGGGUACUGGUGAAUUGGUUUGAGGACGUUGCAGGAGUCGGGCAUUCUUGUGGAAGGUAA